AUGAAUCAUACACAAGAACAGAAAAAUAAUAAUGAUGCCAUUAUCUCCACAGCAACCCAAUUCAGUGAGCCAGUAAAAAAAAUAUUCGACCAACAAACAACACAAUACUUUCAACACUCUGUCGCAAUUAAAAGAUUACAGCAGUACAUUGAUAAAUACGUUGAACUGGUCAGAGGUGUAGAUUUUGAUUAUCAGCAUAUUGAACAUCUUCUGACCUAUGACCCACUUGAAACCUAUAUUUUCAAUCCAUUAAAUAAAUUAAUAGAUGAAACCCCGCCUAUUAAAGGGCCCAGAAGGUUUGGAAAUUUAGCUUGCAGAGAUUGGCAUGAUAAAAUAAACAAAGAUAUUACUUGCCUAUUAAGGAAAAUGCUUCCAGAAAACUUCCAUAAUGCAAUAAUAGAACUAGAUUACUAUUUGAAAAAUUCUUUUGGUUCUAAAGAAAGAUUGGAUUAUGGGACAGGACAUGAAUUGUCAUUUUUAGCGUUUAUUAGUGGUUUAGAUAUGUUAGGAGUUUUAGUACCAACUUCAAGUGAUCAACCACUCACCGGCCAAGAUAUUUUGUAUAUGUUCACAAGAUAUUAUCAACUAGUACAGAGAUUGAUUUUGACAUAUAAUUUGGAACCAGCAGGUUCUCAUGGUGUUUGGGGUUUAGAUGAUCAUUUCCACAUAUCUUAUAUUUUAGGAGCAUCGCAAUUUGUCGGUAAUUACAACGCUCUGAGUAAUGGGAUCACACCAAGAUCGAUCCUAGACAUAGCACUAGUGAGAAAUAGUACUUUAAAAUAUAAGAAUCUAUACUUUGCUGGUAUUGCCUUUAUAGACGAAGUGAAAAGUGGGCCUUUUGAGGAACAUUCUCCUAUCCUAUAUGAUAUCUGUAAGAAUGUUGGAAGCUGGGAGAAAGUUCUAAGAGGUUUAAUGAAAAUGUAUAUGGUGGAAGUUUUAACAAAAUUUCCCGUAGUUCAACAUUUUUGGUUUGGUACUGGGUUUUUCCCAUGGGUAGAUUACAGGAAUGGCAAAAGUUUACCUAAUGUAGAGUAUGAUGGUGAUUCUGUAACCGUUGAUAGUACUGCCAACCAUAAGAAUAUAUACAACAACAGUAAUCCAAUGACUACUGCUGUAUUUCCGUCUUUAGAUUCUCAACAGUAUCAUCAACAUUCUCGUAUAGGAGAAACUGAACUAGCAUCAAAAUAUAAUAGAUUGUUAUCUUCCCCAACCAAUAAGAGUAAUACACUUAACUACACAUCUAUGCCACCUCCAUCCAUAUCAAAAAUUACAAGGGUUACUUCGCCCGGCCAUAGCACUAGUAUUGCCAAUGUUGAUCGAUUUGGACGGAACACAGUGCCUAAAAAAUAG